AUGGCAGCUUUAAUUGUGUAUGUCGAUGACAUUAUUAUCACCAGUGGCUGGGACUCAAAGAUACAAAGAUUGAAGAGAUUCUUGUCUACUCAAUUUGAAGUGAAGGAUUUGGGGCCUUUACAUUAUUUCCUCGGAAUUGAAGUUACCCGCUCAAAUCAGGGUAUCUUCAUCUCCCAGAGGAAAUAUAUUCUAGAUCUCUUGAAAGAUACAGGGAAGCUUGGAACAAAACUUGCUGACACUCCUAUAGAUGUUAACCAUAGACUUGGGGAUUGCAGUGAUGAGCCCAUAGUAGACACAAAGCAGUAUCGAAGAUUGGUGGGCAGACUUCUCUACCUAUCUAUGACAAGACCUGACAUUUUGUAUGCAGUGGGAGUCCUUAGUCAGUUUAUGCAUGCUCCCAGGACCACACACUUGGAUGCAACAUACAGAAUGGAUGACAGAAAAUCCAUUAGUGGCUAUUGUGCUUUUGUUUGGGGAAAUCUUGUUACUUGGAGGAGUAAAAAACAAAGUGUUGUGGCCAAAUCGAGUGCAGAAGCUGAAUACAGGGCUAUAUCUCAUGGUGUGGCAGAACUUCUAUGGAUAAAGAAUCUCUUGGGUGAAUUGGGCUUUCCUUUCAGUGACCCUAUGUCACUCUACUGUGACAAUAAGGCAGCCCUCAACAUUGUUUCAGCUGACAGUGAUGAAUCCUCACAGGAAACCAGAUGA